GACUGGAGCGACGCGCCGCUCUUCGAGAAGAACUUCUACCUCGAGCAUCCCGCCGUCGCGUCGCGUUCGGAGAAAGACGUCGACGCCUUCCGCGCGGCGCGCGGCAUGCGGGUCACCGGUCGCGAUCCCCCAAAACCCGCCAGCACCUUCGAGGAAUCGUCCCUGCCCGCGUACUGCGUCGACGAGCUCGCGAAGUGCGGGUUCCCCUCGCCGACGCCCGUGCAGUCCCAGACGUGGCCCGCGGCGCUGUCCGGCCGCGACGUCAUAUCCAUCGCGGAGACGGGCAGCGGCAAGACCCUCGCGUUCUUGCUGCCCGCGGUGGUUCACAUCAACGCGCAGCCUUACCUGGAGCGAGGGGACGGCCCCAUCGUGCUCAUCCUCGCGCCCACCAGGGAGCUCGCGGUGCAGAUCCAGGAGCAGGCGGCGACGUUUGGCAAGUCGUCCAAGAUCAAGAGCGCGUGCAUCUACGGCGGCGCGCCGCGUAACGCGCAGAUCGCCGCGCUGAGAGAGGGCGUCGAGUUGUGCGUCGCCACACCCGGUCGGCUCCUCGACCUUCUCAACGCCAAGGCGACCAACCUGCGUCGCGUGACCUACUUCGUGCUGGACGAGGCGGACCGCAUGCUAGACCUGGGGUUCGAGCCGCAGAUCCGAAGGGUGGAGCGGCUCACGAGGCCGGACCGACAGACGCUACUCUUCACCGCGACGUGGCCCGCGGAGGUCGCCGCCGCCGCGGGCGACUUUACCAACGACGUCGUGACGGUUCGCAUCGGCGGCGAGGCGUUACGGGCGUCGGAUAACGUCUCACAGAUCGUCGAGGUGGUGGACGAGGACGACAAGCACGCGAAACUGGUGGGGUGGCUGGAGCGGGCGCUCGGCGAAGCCGACGCGGGGGGUUGGACGCCGAGGGUCAUCGUCUUCCUGUCGAGCAAAGCUCGGGUGGACUCCGCGACCAGACGGCUGCGGCACGAGGGCUUCCCCGCGCUGUCCAUACACGGCGAUAAGACGCAGGAGGAACGAGAGUGGGUGUUGGGGGAGUUCAGGGCUGGUAAAUCGCCCGUGAUGCUCGCCACGGACGUCGCCGCGCGAGGCCUCGACGUGAAGGACGUGAGUUUGGUGAUCAACUACGACUUCCCGGCGAAGAUGGAGGAUUACGUGCACCGGAUCGGGCGGACGGGGCGCGCGGGGGCGAAGGGGGCGGCGAGGAGCAUGUUCGCGGCCGGGGACGCGAGACACGCGAGGAGCCUGUGCGGUUUGCUGCAGACCGCGGGGCAACCGGUUCCCAGGGAGUUGGUGCAGUUCCUCACCUGA